AGCCAAUGGGAGCGUCGUUGGGUCUGUGCCGCGCCGCGCCGCGCCAGGCCGGGCCGCGCCGCGCCGCACCGGGGCCAGCUGCAAGGUGCACGCGUGGGGCCGGUCAUGCGUGCGGACAGAGGAGGAAGCUGACCCGCUUUUGGAGGCGAGCGAGGCUCCGGCUUGAGCAGUGCUUGGCUGUGCACCUCCUGAGUGCUCCUUGGAAAAGCAAUGAUGAUCGCAUUCAUGAACAACUCUGACAGCGAGGAGGAGCCCUGCAAUGAGAGAACAUCUCUGAUGUCUGCAGAGAGCCCUGCAGUACCCUCCUACCAGGAGGGCCUGCAAGCCUCAGAAGCAGGGGAAGCACAGACACAUAGGAAAAGGCGAACAGGUAGCAGCCAUAGCCCUAGCAAUGCUGCUGAUGGGAAUAUGCCUGGCUCGAGUGUUCCAGUGAGAGAGAGCGCCUUGGAAAAUGAAGAGGAGGAACUGACUCUGAAAUAUGGAGCAAAGCAUGUAAUCAUGCUCUUUGUGCCUGUCACCCUUUGUAUGAUUGUUGUCGUCGCCACCAUAAAGUCAGUGCGCUUCUAUACGGAGAAAAACGGGCAGCUGAUCUACACACCUUUCAGUGAGGAUACCCCAUCUGUGGGCCAGCGUCUCUUGAACUCAGUGUUGAAUACCAUCAUAAUGAUCAGUGUCAUUGUCGUAAUGACCGUGUUCCUAGUUCUGCUCUAUAAAUACCGCUGCUACAAGUUCAUUCAUGGCUGGCUGAUCCUGUCCUCUUUGAUGCUGCUCUUCCUUUUCACCUACAUAUAUCUUGGGGAGGUGCUGAAGACUUAUAACGUGGCCAUGGAUUACCCAACUCUGAUUUUAGUCAUCUGGAAUUUUGGGGCUGUUGGAAUGAUUUGCAUCCACUGGAAAGGUCCCUUGCAGCUCCAGCAAGCAUAUCUCAUUAUGAUCAGUGCCCUAAUGGCACUGGUUUUCAUUAAAUAUCUACCUGAGUGGUCAGCAUGGGUCAUUCUAGGUGCCAUCUCUAUCUAUGAUCUGAUGGCUGUUCUCUGUCCCAAGGGGCCACUAAGAAUGCUGGUAGAAACUGCACAGGAGAGAAAUGAACCCAUUUUUCCUGCACUGAUAUAUUCUUCUGCUAUGAUGUGGACAGUUGGAAUGGCAAAGCCAGACACAGCAGCAAGACGACCAAGUCAGCAGACGAGGGAUACAGCUGAGGAUGGGAGAGAGAACCACAGAAGCCCUUCACACUCAGACUCUGAAAUUUCAGAGACAAGGAGUCCUGUUCCAACCCAUCCAAUCACUUCUUUAGAGGAGCUGGAGGAGGAGGAAAGGGGUGUGAAGCUGGGCCUUGGAGACUUCAUAUUUUACAGUGUGCUUGUUGGGAAAGCAGCUGCCACAGCUAGUGGAGACUGGAAUACUACACUGGCCUGUUUUGUAGCCAUUCUCAUAGGUUUAUGUUUAACUCUUUUACUACUGGCUGUUUUUAAGAAAGCAUUGCCUGCUCUUCCCAUCUCCAUCACCUUUGGUUUGGUCUUUUACUUCUCGACAGACAACCUUGUGCGACCAUUCAUGGAUACCCUGGCUUCCCACCAGCUGUACAUUUAGAAGGACAAAAAGUGGAAGUUAGAGGAGGAUAUUUUGGGUUUUUUUUUUUUUUUUUUUUUUUUGAAAACUUUGCUGUGAAGUAUGAUACGCUGUUUGGAAUAAGUCAUUAAGUUUUACACUUAGUGCCGUAUAUUUUUAAGGAAAACACUAACUCUGUGACAUGAUAUGUACUAAAAAUCCAGUACAUCGGUUUUUAAUCUUAAAAAUCUAGAAGCUCAUCUUAGGCAGAGAAUUUUCACAGGAGCCUUAAGUCUUUUGGACUCCAGUGAAAAGUCUGGCUCGUUGCUGACAACGGAGCAUUACUUAAAUGUAUUUGAUGUCUACACUGCCUGUUUUGAGCACAGAAACCUGCAUGUAGCAUGGACCGGUGGACAGAUGAAGGGUCUGAUCUGUGCUUCCAGGAGCUAAGGUGUUUUAGUCCUGGAACUGCAGUGAAGUUUGAUUGUGCUCUGUAAUUGUUAACACUUUAGUGUAUUGAAGUAUUGUACAAACAUGUAGCAAAAGUUAAGUGAUACCUGUAAUUAAAACAAAACAAAACAAAACAAAACACAUGGCAGUCAAGAUGCACAGAGUAGUGUCAUAGGUGGUUGUGAGCAUUAGAUAGAAAUGUGGGGGCCAAAUUCUUAAAUUAAUGUCUAUGCGUAUAACUUCCAUUGAAAUUGCCCCAAUUGCCCCAAAUGCCUAUUUAUUCUGACGCUAGUGGGACAUGGUGAGCAAUGAUGGAUCCAGACAGGACAUCAGCAAUAGGAAGUUUAAACACCAGGCUGCUUGUUCUGAGUGCAUCCACCACUGUAGCUAAAAGCUGAAGUCAGGAUUGGCCAUUCCAAGUGUUGAGAUCUUCAGUGUGGGAAGGCAGAUUUGAUUUUUUUGUUGAUGUUUUCUUUUUCUGUUUUUCCUGUCUCUUCCUGGAAUUUUACUUUUUAGGAAACCUCUCUCUGGGUCCGUAUUAUGAUCCUCAAAUUGUCAUAAGGUGGAAUUACUGCACAACUUCAGUAAAUCAGUUGACCUGUACUUUCUUGUGUGGUCUCAUUUCUGUGUGUACUGUAAUCAUUCCAAGGAGGAUUUACUUCCCUUUAUGAGAAGAUCCUCUUACACUGAUUGAUGCUUGGCUUGCCUGGUUUUUGAUACUGUUGUUUAAAGAUUAUUUUUAUUAUAAAUUUAAAAAUAGCUAUUUAAUGUAAAGGGGACUCAAUUGAAAAUAUCCUGUCGUAGUUUGUAUUAAAAUACGGGGUAGUUUGUAUUAAAAUAUGGGGUUGCAAACUUUAAUCUACUGUUACUUUACUCUAAAUAAGGCAUUGUUACUGCUGGGAAUAUUGACACAGCCUCAAGUGAGUUCAUUAAAAAAAAAAAAAAAAAGUCAAUGCUUGUUGCCAAUAGAAGACACAGGUCUAACUCAGUCUUACUGUUAUUUAAUCACUCUGACUUUUUCUCCACAUCUUAGAAGCAAUUUCUUCCUACUUCAAGAGUCAGAUUCUUAGAAACCGGCAACUUCUGUGAUUUUUUUUCUUGUGAAAAAGUGUCUAUUUCUUGAGUGUCUGUUACUCAAAUAAGCUCUGUUUUCUUUGACAACUUGUCAAUGUCAGUGUUUCAAAAUGUAACAUAACACAAGGUUUUGUGAACAAUACGAUGUCAUCAAGAGAUGCAGAACUUCUUGUCUGAAGUACUUUUUAGAUAAGGCUUUGAAUUUAUGUAUUUUUUAAGGUAGUGCUUUUUUCCAGUAGACUUGUUAAAGCUAAUCUACUUUGAUAUUUAACAAGGACAUCAUGCAAGUGAUUUAAACAAAUUUUUAAAAAUAAGUAUGUGUUUGUAUAAAUUUGGUGUGUCUCUGACUAAGUAAGUAAUUUCUGCUCUUUGUUUAGUUUUCUGUCGUCAUUUCUCCUGCUUGCAGUGUUUAGAUAUAAAAGCUAGAGCUGGAGAGUUAAUUAUUACUAGAGGGCAUUUCCUUUGGAAAUAUAAAUCAGUAAAAUCAGUAGAAGUGUCUGCUGUUUUUAAAGGUUUAUGUGAGGAUAGUUUCUUUUUUUUUAUUUUUUUUUUUUUAUGGAAGAAGUUCUGGGGCCAAUCAGUCACUUGCAAUCAUGAUUUAUUUUAUUGGAUUGCAUUGUAUGAAGAGAAUAUGAAAUACUUAUAUGUACUAGAAAAAAUCCUGCUUGACUUAGCAGGGUUGUAGAUAUUGUUAGAAACAAUUUAUUUCUAUGAAAGUGGAGUUGAUAUGCAAAGGAAACUGGGGGGAUCCUGCAGAGCUUGAAGGGUCACUGCUGGAGCUGGUGGUUUUCUGCAGAUUCAUGUUUGCCAAAGAUUGGCCUCUCGCAGAGUAAUUCUACAUAACUUUUGAAGAAUGUAAUUUAAAAGAUAACUGAGCAAUGGAUUCUGUCAGAGAAACAAUGUAUUGUCUUGGUGAGUGAUAGAAUUAUAUCGUAUAUAUACUGGAGUGGUUUCAAUUGUGUAAAAGUUUAUAUGUAUUUACUACAAAUAUAUGUGUGUGUGUGUACAUACACACAAACACAGGACUUUUGAAAUGA